AUGCAAGCCUGUAGAACGUCGUUAGAUGGGGGGGGAGCCUUCCUCAGGUGCGCUAAAAAGCCGCAAGGACAAGAUCUCGACCGGGAUGCAAACGAGGCCUAUCAUGCCUUCAUUGUCGCGGAAGGCACUACGCCAACAGAUCUCGAGGUUGAGAUAGAAGAGAAUAGGGACGCCUCUGGGACUAUCACUUCGGCUGUACAGAAGAUCGUUAGAGAGGAGAGUCUUGCUCUGGGCUCCAUCAAAUAUGGAGAAAUAUCGUGCCUUAUCAUCUUCGCUCUACUUAUCGUGCUCUGGAUUGGUCGCGAACCGGGAAUGCCCGGUUGGUCACGUUUAAUGCCCACUACUACGAAUGACAAGAGCAGAGUAAUACAGUAUGUCGACGAUGUCCAGGCCACAGUGUUCUUCGUGAUAUUGGUGUUUCUGCUGCCGGCAACUAAUCCCCUGCGAGUGCGCCAAAGUGAGGCGGAAAGAGGUAAGUUACUGUCAUACCUGAUAGUAACACGGUUAUGUCCAUCACUUUGGGGAUGUUUUUUUUCGAAUUCAAAGGCCAAUGCCCCCUGA